UGCUUCGCCGGUUUAGAUACCUUCGCCACCACAGCUCUUGCGAGUGUGUUUGCGUGCUCCUUCGUAAAAGUUCAGUCACAAUUCAGUGAAAACAGACAUGGCUCUGUUUCCGCUGCAUCACAACAACUACUUCGGUCCCUCGGACCUGGUGAGACGCUUCUUGGAUGACGACUUCGGCGGCUCCUUCCUCGAAGGUGAACUGUUUGAUCCGCCGUUCUACCACCAGCGCUUCUACAUCCAACCUCGUCACCAGCAGUCCUCGUCGGCAGUGUGUCCAGCUCGCCAGCAAGGCACCUCGGUCGCCUGCACUCCGGACAAGUUCGCCAUCAACGUCGACACCCGGCACUUCACUCCGGAAGAGAUCACCGUCAAGACGCAGGACAACAGCGUCGUCAUUCACGGCAAGCACGAGGAGAAGUCCGACGACCGCGGCUGCUACGUGAAGCGCGAGUUCACGCGUCGCUACGUCUUGCCGGAGGACGUCGACCCGCAGUCGGUGAAGUGUCACCUCAAGCCCAACGGAACGUUGGCCCUCGAAGCUCCGCGUAAGAACGCCCCCAAGGAGCAGCCCAAGGCUGUCCCGAUCGAAGUGAAACACGAGGGUGCCAAGGCUGUGAAGGACAAGUAAGCCGAAGUGGCUGUCACGGGACAGCGUCAGAGACCCACCUUGACGUUGUGGAUCAAUUACUAGUUUCUUUUUUUUUUUUGUCAGUGACUGUUAACUGAACCGUUGUGGUCACUGCCACUAAGUGUUCGUGAAGCUAUGUGCUGAGUGCUACGUUUUGUACUCUUUUUGUUUUUUUUUUAAUGCCGUGAACCGGCAGGCGUACUUUGAAUAAACUAAAUCACUUUAUGUAGC